AGUGACGCGUGGGCGCGGCUCGCUCGCUCGCGGGUUCCCGCUGCUUGGUAACGCGGCCGUUCGGAGGCAGUGACAGUGAAGGUCGCCGGGUAUUCGGAUCGCUCCCGGUGUGCCGCUAACGAUGGGCUCCGUAUUGGGGGUGUGCUCGCUAGCCAGCUUGGUGCCAUGUCUGUGUAGCAGUGCACCUUGUUUGCUGUGUACCUGCUGCCCCAACAGUAAGAAUUCCACAGUGACCAGAUUAAUCUAUGCAUUCAUUCUACUUCUGGGCACUCUUGUGGCUUGUAUUAUGUUGGCACCUGGAAUGGAAACUCAAUUGAAAAAGAUUCCGGGAUUCUGUGAAGAUGGCUUUGGUACCCAAAUUCCAACUAUUCAUGGGGCUGUGAACUGUAAUGUAUUGGUUAGCUACAAGUCUGUUUACCGUAUCUGCUUUGGAUUGGCUGUCUUCUUCUUUCUUUUCUCUCUGCUUUUGAUCAAUGUGAAAUCCAGCAGGGAUCCCCGAGCUGCAGUGCAUAAUGGAUUCUGGUUCUUCAAAAUAGCUGCCAUCAUAGCUAUUACUGUAGGAGCUUUUUACAUUCCUGAAGGACCUUUUACAAGAGCCUUAUUUGCCAUUGGUACAGCCGGUGCCUUCUGCUUCAUACUAAUCCAGUUGGUUUUGUUAGUUGAUUUUGCUCAUUCAUGGAAUGAGUCAUGGGUAGGAAAGAUGGAGGAUGGAAAUUCAAAAUGUUGGUAUGCAGCCUUGAUAUCUGUCACUGGCCUGAAUUACAUCUUGGCUUUCACAGCAGUUGUGCUUUUCUAUGUAUUUUACACAAAAUCCGAAGGAUGUGUUGAGAACAAGUUCUUCAUUAGUUUCAAUAUGAUCCUUUGCAUUGUUGUAUCUAUUACUUCUAUUCUUCCAAAAGUACAGGAAUCACAACCUCGGUCUGGUCUCCUUCAGUCUUCAAUCAUCACUCUGUACACUAUGUAUCUCACAUGGUCUGCAAUGUCUAACGAACCUGACCGGCAGUGCAACCCUAGCCUUUUGACCAUUAUUAAACAGUUGGCCUCACCUACAUUGAGUCCAGCCAAUAAAAGUGAAUCUUCAGUAAAUGUAGCACCUUCACCUUCAAUUUCAAUGCAGUGGUGGGAUGCGCAGAGUGUUAUUGGACUCAUCCUCUUCAUUCUGUGUCUACUGUAUUCAAGUAUUCGUUCCUCGAACAAUAGCCAGGUGAACAAGCUAACACUCUCCGGCAGUGAAACUGUCAUGUUGGAUGACUCUUUGGCUGGAGAUGCUGUUGGUGUUGAAGAAGGAGAUGGAAUACGAAGAGUCCAUGACAAUGAGCAAGAUGCAGUCCAGUACAGCUAUUCAUUCUUCCAUUUCAUGCUCUUUCUGGCUUCACUUUAUAUUAUGAUGACACUUACAAACUGGUACAGCCCUGAUGCUGAUUACAAGACAAUGACAAGCAAGUGGCCAUCUGUGUGGGUGAAGAUCACUUCAAGCUGGGUCUGCCUUCUCUUGUAUGUCUGGACAUUGGUGGCCCCUCUCAUUCUUACUAACCGUGACUUUGACUAGACUGCUUCAUUCUUGUUCCACUGGUUUCUGAAUUAAAGUCCAUCUAACAUGAAA